AGUGGAUCUGUUUUGAUGCAGCGAGACGCUUUUAAUGAACAUGCUUUAGGGGUUCUGCUGUAUGUUCCCACCGGUUUUACAAAAAAAUAAAAUAACAUGUCUACAUUGAAGAGUCCAGUCGAUUACAGUUGUCAAGAGGAUGAGCAGAAAGCGAUAAAAAGGAAAAUGUCCCUCUCAAAAUGUGGAGUUUGUGGUUCAGAGGAGGCAAAGUACAGAUGUCCUGCCUGCCUUGCACACUCUUGUUGUUUGCUGUGUGUGAAGAAACACAAGGAGGACACAGGAUGCAGCGGAGUUCGAAAUAAAACAGCAUUUGUGACUCUGUCACAGUUUGAUGAAAUGGCACUUCUCAGCGAUUACAGGUUUCUGGAAGAUACUGGAAGAUUCGCUGAUAGUGCCACCAGAGACGACAUGAUUCAGGUUCCCCGUACCACUUUAAAAGCAAAGAAACUGGCUGCUAAUGCCAGAAAGAUGAAUAUCACACUCAGAUUCCUCCCCGUCACCUUCUCCAAGAGCAAAGAAAACUCCACUAUAUUCCUCACAAAGGAAAAACGAUUCCUGUGGCACCUGAAGCUCAUAUUUCCUCAGAGCAGCACAGAGUUCAGUCAGAGGAGGGUGUCUGAUGAACAGACAUUGAUCCAGAUCCUGACUGCUUAUAUUCACCCUACAGACUCAGAUCCUGUAACUCGUCAAAAGUUGAAGAUGUAUGUACAUUAUCCAUUCAAUGACGUGAAAGUUUUCAUGAAAGCAGAGGGGAGGAAAGCUAACUCUGUGAGGUACCAUGAUCUGGACAUUGAGAAGAGCCUAAGAGACAACCUGAGCCACAAAUCACUCAUUGAAUAUCCAGUGCUACAUGUUGUUCUCAGAAAUUAUUGGAUCCACUAUCAACUGAAAGGACCAGCUCAACCUGUCGCAGCACGCACCAGCUCUGCAACAAAGAAUGUUUGGACGGACCAAGAGAAGGUGGAGACCAAAGUUUCACCACAAAGACAAGGGUCGUCUACACCAGCUAGGGCAGAUAUUUGCACAAGAGCCCAAGAGUUCACUCCCAAAACUGAGCCACCAUCUGAGAAAAGGGCAAAGAGAGGAGCAUGGGAGGAGGAACGAGAGGAAGGAGAGCUUGUCGACAGCAGCGGUGAAGAGGACGAACAUCUAGAUGAAACUGUUCCGUGCUCUGAGAACUAUGAUGAUGCAGAAAGUUCUUUUAACGAUGGGAAAAAUGUUGAUGUUAGUGGAUGCAGACACAGCAGCAGGGAUGGUUCUUUAGGUGAGGUCUUUGCUGGGGCUGCUGAGCCCUCAACUUGUAGCGAUGCUACUGAGGUCACCAUGACUAAGGAGGAUUCUGUGAAAGAGCCAGAAACUGUCCGUAGCGUUCCCUGUCAACAUGGAAAUGAGUCAGCUGAUGCUGCAGACAGCUGCCAAAUGGAAUGA